AUGCUAGAAGUCAGGCCCGACCCGACCUCCCGCAAUGUCGGUAGCGGCCAUGACGCACCUUCAUGGCUUGUCGCGCUGGGUUGGGUUGGUUUGAUAUGGUAUGUUGUGGUUGUGGCGGUAUGUACUUUGGGAUAUCUGCAGAUAUGGAGACACUACUCUCGCAGACCCAACAAAUCAAUCUCCUCCGCUUCCCCUGAGGCUCCUCAUAUAACCGUCAUCCGUCCUAUCAAGGGUCUCGAACCGCAUCUCUACGAAUGUCUGGCAUCGACCUUCCGACAAGACUACCCCAGCGACAAGUUGACCAUAUACUUCUGCGUGGAAACUCGUGCAGAUCCCGCCGUGUCAAUUAUCGAGAAUGUGCUCGCGGAUUUUCCACAUGCGGACGCCCGUCUGUAUGUGGAGGAGGAAGACCCAUUGCUGCAUGGCGACAGCUCCGAUUCCUACGACUUGGGUCCUAAUCCCAAGAUUAGGAACAUGAGCCGUGCUUAUCGGGAGGCAAAGGGAGACAUUGUGUGGAUUAUAGAUUGCAACGUUUGGGUUGGAAAGGGUGUCUGUGGCCGAAUGGUGGACAGACUUUGCGGCUUUGGUUCCAGCAAGGGCUACAGAUAUAAGUUCGUGCACCACGUUCCCAUUGUGGUGGAUGUGGAUGAAGACAAUGGGCUGGGACCGGAGCGUCAGUCGCUACUCCAUCCUCAAAACAAGGGUAAUGCAGCGGAACCAUCGGACGUCUCGACUCUACUUCGAACAGCUGGUGGUCGACUGGAAGAGCUGUUCAUGUCAUCAUCGCAUGCGAAAAUGUAUACCGCCAUCAACACCGUCCUCAUCGCGCCAUGCAUUGUGGGCAAAUCAAACAUGUUCCGCCGCUCGCAUCUCGACUAUCUCACGGCGCCUUCGCCGACCGAUCCUCACCGACGGAAUCCCGGCAUAGAUUACUUUUCUGAUAAUAUCUGCGAGGACCAUCUCAUCGGAGAUCUACUCUGGAAGAACAAGAUCCGAGAAGAGAAGGAAGCAGGCGAGCGCUGGGGGAAGCAUGGCAUAGUUUUCGGGGAUUUCGCCUUCCAACCUGUCGCGAAUAUGAGUGUCAAAGCCUACAUUGCACGUCGGGUACGAUGGCUACGUGUACGGAAGUUUACUGUUCUUCUAGCCACCCUCGUUGAACCCGGGACGGAAUCUCUGCUGUGCUCUGUCUACGGUGCUUUCGGUAUCACCACCUCCCUGGCACCAUACUGUCAGCGCAAUGGGUAUGAGUUCUGUUCGCACCUGACCAGCUGGACCGCUUUUUUCGCUUUGUGGUUCCUUAGCAUCGUCCUGUGGGCCGCAGUCGACUGGACGCAGUAUCUGAAAUUGCAUUCCGCACAAACAGUCGAGCUAGACGAGAACACUCCUUCUUUUGUCAGGCCCAGAGCUAAGGGCGCUGCCGCAAGAAGACCGUUCUUGCAUUGGCUAGCUGCAUGGAUCGGACGCGAGGGUCUGGCACUACCGAUCUGGAUAUGGGCUUUUUACGGCGGUGUCACUGUCGUGUGGAGAGAUAGGGUGUUUAGAGUCGGUCUCGACAUGAAGGUCAGAGAGAUAGGCCAGGUCUGUGGAAAUGCGCUGAAUAGUAAGGUGACGAGUCAGAGUCGAAGUUCUGGAGAUAGGAACAAAGUCAGACGCGAUUAG